GCGGUGAAGAGGCCCCCAGAGGGGUGGGGAAGGAGGCCGUCGCCUUCCGUCCGCUGUUUCCUCCAUCGGGCUCGCCUUCUCCUGCCUCCCCCGGGGAAGGAUUAGGCCUCGCCCAAGUGUUCAUGGUGAAAUCCCCCCCCCCCGUUUUGCGUGUGCCCAUUCCACCCGGGCGGAUUGCCGGACUUUGGGUCUUCUUUCACUUCCCUUACCUGGAUGCGUCCACUCCUCAACUUUUGAGAUCGGGGCCCUCAAAACAGAGGGGCUGCAACUGACUUUGCGGGGGGGCUUGGCAGCUGAAGCUGGGCCACUUCUGCUCCAAGAUCCUCACCUAAAAAAGAACUGCAGGACAGGAUCAUCUGAAAUGGAUGUGGCAGACCCUUAGAACCUCAGUUCAUCCCAAAGGAGGCAAGGCUAAAGGGGGUCUAAAGGGCGGCAAGUCAUGCUUGGCAGAAGAACUGGGCAUUCUCAAAACCAAAGCUACAUCUACCAGCCCCCUCAAGAUGCUGUGCCCCAGAGGAUUGACUCUCCUACAGCAGGUGACAUCAGUCUCGAAGUGUUCAGUGGCUCCACACCUGAGCUCAAGCAGAGCCGCAAGCCAACACGAGCGAGGCAAGCUUGCAAAGCCGAUCCCAGAGACUCGAAUGGGAGGGAAGGAGAAAAUGCCAGCUUUAUCUCCAGCGCUACAGAGACUUCCCAGCCCCGCUGUUGCCCUACCCUGUCUCGGGCCUGGAGCACUUACAGAACCGUCUUCUGCUAUCUUGUGACUUGCGGGGGCUGCUUUAAGGACUGCCAGUCCAGCAUCUCAUACCCUUAUAAUGAGACUUUGACAGAUGACGGGAAGACCCCAGAGUGCAAUGGGCGUUCGCCCAACAGUCCUGCCAGUAGCUCCCCUGCCGAAAAGAAUGGGAGCCAAACCAAAAAGAGCAGUGUGGGGAGCAGCUUCAGCUACCAAGAUGUGAAACUGAAAGGGAUCCCGGUCUUCCCCAACCAGAGCCCUGGCUCCUACCCAGACCCUGACUUAUGUUACAAGGAGCCCCUGCCAGACAAGACUUCUUCCCAUAACAGCAUAGAGAAGCAGCCUCUGCCCAGCAGCCAUCGAAGCUCGGAGGAGUACUACUCCUUUCAUGAGUCAGAUCUGGAGUUCAGCGAGCUCAGCUCCAUGUCCAGCAGGGAGAUCGACAUCCUGAUUUUCAAGAAACUGACAGAGCUGUUCAGUGUCCACCAGAUCGAUGAGCUGGCCAAAUGCACUUCGGACACGGUCUUCCUGGAGAAAACCAACAAGAUCUCGGACCUCAUCAACAGUAUCACUCAGGACUACAACUUGGACGAGCAGGAUGCAGAGUGCAGGCUGGUCCGGGGGAUCAUACGCAUCAGCACGCGCAAGAGCAGGGUUCGACCCCGUGUUUCUGUCCCCACCCUUCCAAGCCCGGAGGAGAACACCAUCCGCUGCAAUCUGCCUGACAGUGGCAAUGAGACAAUGGUGGCAUCGGUGCUCACCAGUGAAGAAGUUGUGUCUGUUCAGAUUUCUCAAGAAACCACGGCAGAUAUGAAAGCCAGGGUCAUGAGGCGCGAGAUGUACAGUGCAACAGGGUCUCCGCUGAGUAGAGGGUCUUCUUUCCAGGACACGGAGACUGACUCUUCAGGGGCUCCACUGCUUAAGUUUAUUGCUGGGAGAAUGGACCUUGGGAGCACCCACACUGCAGGGCCUAGCGCCUUGCCUGCCGCAAGCUCUCGCUUUUGUAAAUGACGUGUAUGAUGCCACUGUAUUUUGUUGACAUUUGAUCUUAAGAGAGUCUUACAUGCAGGUGGUGGAGUUGUACCCUCGAAACAAGAUGACAGGAAGAGGAUACUGGCAGUUGGCUGUGCCUUCUAAGGAAUGCCUUCUAAGGAACUUGCCUUCAGUUGACCAGCUGGUGCCUUGUUGAUUGUUUCCUGGACCUCUUUUCUGCUCUUCCAUAUUGCAGCGAUGGGGUUUUUUGCACAUGUCUAAUUGUUCUAAAGGUGGAUGCCUUUUAAGAUCUACAGACUCCUGCUGUGGGACACCCAUGCAGCUUGUGUUGGCCGGCUUGUGGUGGGUUGGCAACUGAUGACUUGCAUCCACAGCUGUGAUCUCUUGGGACACUGUACUUGCCAAGGAUGCCUUAUCUAUGUGUUGGAUAGACUACAUCUAGAGACCCAGGAGCAGCAAGUUGGAUUUAAGCCACAUCUAAGCUUUGGCUUCUUUCCAUGAAGCUGCUAACUGAAGGAACCCAACCAGUUGGGUUUGGCUGCAGGUAAAUUGGCCACAGUUUCUCUUCGUUGGGACCCCCCAGCUCAUUUGUAGAGCUACAAUUUCCAGGAUUCUUUGGCUAGGAGCCAUGAAGCUUAAGCUAGCUGGAAAGUGUAAAAAAGUUUAACACAGGUGUGCCAGAGAAGCUCCUGAAUUAUGGAGACCACAUACACCUCUUUCUAAAGCUGUGCCUUCAGCAUGUCUCAGAACCUUAUUGCUUCUGUUUUAAGGGCCAAAUCAGGUGAGAUGCUGGUGAAAUCAUGUAUAGAGCUUCCAAGCAUUUCUUGUUCCUUUAAUAUGUGUUGUGUGUGGGUAGCCUGGUUUGGACUGGGACUGGGGGCAAUGAAGGGGUUAAGGCUAUUUUCCCCAUGUCAGUUUCAUUUCCUGAAUCAGCCCCUGGAGGUUCUGAUACUGGUUUGCCCCACUGGAGCAAAUGGCAGCACUGCAGGACUGUCUCAGGUUGAGAAACUGUGGCAGAUGGGUUUAAACCCCUCCCCGCACCAUGCCAUGAUCUUGAUCCCACCGAGGGUCCUUCAUGCCUGCUAAUUUUAAAGUUUGGGAGCUGUACACAACCACCAGUGUUUUUUUCUUAUUUUAUUCUACGUGGUAAAGAGUUGAGAUAAAAAUUCAGUGCUUUGUCAAAAUUACUCAUCUUGAUUGCAAUCACAAAACUAAAAAUUUUUGCUACGACGCAGAAGAGCUCUGUAUGGAGCUGUCUACCAAUAAAUUUGAUUCAUCACAACACUGCUUGAAAGUUAGAGUUGUCCAGAAUAAAAUGUGUCUACCAUGCAUGACAGAGACCAUACCGCAGCCCUCGCAGGUGAUCCCUUUCUGCCCUCCUUUUGACUAGCUAUAAGCCGUAUUCCUUAAGUUAGCUCUGCUGGAGGGGGGGCGGUUCUUCAGCAGUGCAGUUCUACAUACUGUGUAAGGAGAGAGCCUAAAAUAACUAUCACAUGCAGAAACGUACCUAUACACACCCCAUUGACUCUCAGCCUACUCUCUCUACUUGGUCCCUAUGAGAACGUAAAUAACCUCGUGGAGGAGUCUGGUUGGAAGCUCCCAUACCACCUUUUAUUUUAAGCAAAAGACUGGUUUAGUUGAUUUGAAAGAAAAGACAAAGGAUGCAUUGCAAAUAGGGAGGUUAAGUUUUUAAAGAGGUUACACUGAAAUAAAGUAUUUUAACAGAAAACCAGUAACAUCUUAAAGGCUAGCAACACUUAUUCCAGCAUCAGAACGGAAAAUGGUCUGGCAAAAUUUUUGUAGUUAAUAGACAUACGAAAAGGGAAUUUGAGAGGUGGAUUGCUAAAAGCAUCAAGAUGAACAAUAAAAGAUGUCUUUAAAUAUAUCCAGAGCUGGAACCUGGCCAGAGAUGAAGUAGAGCCUUUUUGGAUGACCAAGGAAUAAAACCACUGCUAAAGGAAUAUGGGGAAAUAGCAGAAAAGAUAAAUGAAUUUUUUGGAUCUGUGUUCAUUGUGGGAAGUGUAGGGCAGGUACCCAGGCCACAGCAACUAUUUUCAAGAAGGGAGUCUGAAGAACUGAGUCAAACAGAGGUGAAGUUCAAGAUGUAGUAGUGGUAUUAAAAAGCAGUAAGUCUCCAGAUCCUGACAGCACACACCCAAGAGUUUUCAAAUGUGAUGUUUUUGAUUAUCUAACUUGUAUAUGUAAUUUAUCGCUAAAAUCAGUCACUGUGCCAGAAGACUAGAGACUAGCAGCAAAUGUUAAACCAAUUUUUAAAAAAGGGUCCAGGGGGCGCAGAAGAACCAGGAAAUUACAGGCUACUUAGCCUAACAUUUAUCCCAGGCAAUUUAGUUGAAACUGUAAUCAAAGAGAAUUAUUAGGCACAUAGAGGAACAAAGCCUGCUGAAGGAAAGUCAGCAUGGCUUUUGCAAAGGGAAGUCCUGCCUCACCAUUCUUUUGGAGUUCUCUGAGAAAGUGAACAAUCAUGUAGAUAACAGUGACCUGGUAGACAUUAUAUACUUGAAUUUUCAAAAGCCAUUUGACAAGGUACUUCUCCAAAGAGUCCUGGGUAGGCUUAGCAGUCAUGGGGAUAAGAAGAUGGGUCCUGUUAUAGGUUAAAAAUUGGUUAAACACCUGGAAGGAAAGAGUAGGCAUAAAUGGAUAGUUCCUGCAAUGGAGAAAAGUAAGCAGUGAGAUCCCACAAGAAUCAGUAUUGAGGCUGAUAUUAUUUAAUUUGUUCAUAUAUGAUCUGGAACUGAGGGAGAGUAGUGUAGUGGGCAAGUUUGCAGAUGACAUCAAAUCAUUCAGCAUGAUGGAAACCAAGACCAACUAUGAGCUCCAGGAGGGUUUCCACAAAUUUAGUGAGUAGGAAACAAUAUGGCAAAUGAAAUUUAAUGUAGGCAAGUGUAAGGUGAUGCACAUUGGAACAAAAAAAAACCAGCUUCAUGCAAUGGGAUCUGGGCUUGCUAAGACUGAAGGAAAGAGGCCUUGGGGUCAUAGUGGAUAGCCCAAUAGAUGUGUCAAUCUAGUGUGCCACAACAGUGAAAAAGGCAAACUCUAUGCUGAGGAUUAUUACAAAAGAGGUUGAAAAUAAAAUGGCCAGUAUUAUAAUGCCCCUAUGUAAAUCUGUGGUACAGCUGCAUUUGGAACACUGUAUGAAGUUCUGGUUAUCAUAGCUCAAAAAGGACAAUGCAGAGCUGGGAAAAGUACAGAAGAGGGCAACCAAGAUGAAUAGAGAUUGGAGCACCUUUACUGUGAGAAAAGGCCGAAGAGUUUGGGACAUUUCAGUUUACAAAAGAGAUGACUAAGAGGGAAAUAUGAUAGAGGUUUAUAAAAUUAUGCGCAAGGUAGAGAGCGAGAGGACAGAGAAUGUUUUUCUCUGUCUCCCAAGUUCUAAAACUCAAGGAAAUUCGGUGAAACUGAUGGUCAGUAGAUUUAGGAUAGGCAAAAGGAAAUUCUUUAUUCAACAAGUGACUAAAAUGUGGAAUUUGCUCCUUGAGGAUGUAGCGAUGGUCAUCGGCGUAGACAGAUUGAAAAGGAGAUUAGACAGAUUAAUGGAAAGUAGGCCUAUCAGUGGCAGUUGUCCUUGUUGUUAUUACAGUGUCCUCUCUGCCUUCUUUCUGGAAGAACAUCAUACAGAUUAAGUCUCCUGCAUGGGAAGGGGCAUUCCUGUUUGCUGUGUGACACUUUAGGGGCCAGAGGGGAAAAUGCUAAGAUCUGAGACUUCAGGGCAGAUUGAGCAAUCUCAAACAGCUAUUGGAAGCUAUUGCAAGUGAAUAGAAUGGGUUGGCUAGAAUCCUGAGUGCCUUCCAUUUGUAGACCAUCUCCUUUGGGUUGUGUUCCCUAUUAAGAAUCACUUCUGUGGAUGCUGCUAUAGAGGUUGGUGCAUCACACACCGGUCAACCCCAGCACUAAAUUCACUUGAACUCAUGGGCAACAGUUUUGUGAUAGUACAGAAUUUAAUAUCUUGCUUCUAUAAGUUGCUCAUGACCACAUACUUGUCUCCUGGCAGGCAUACAAGGGGAGACAUUGGCAAUGAAAACACUGGCUGCAAUCCAGAGCUUCAUUGAUAGAUAUAACUCCACCUCCUAUUGCAGGGGAUAUAAGAAGAAAAAGAUGCAUAUUCUUUUUCUUCCUCUUUGUCUCAUGUGUAUUCCAAACCAAAAGACCAGCACAGGCUUUUGAAGCCUUACAGGGUAGGAUCCCUACAAGAGGGGGUGUGUCUGUGCACAAUUCCCAUUGCUCAGCCAAGUUUCAUUCAUACGACUGACAAUCUUCGGCAUUCUCUUAUCCUCUGUUUCUGACCUGAUCACUGCUAGUAUUCAAUAUCCCCCCCCCUUUUAAAUUUGCACUCAGCUGUAAAUAUGACGAAAGUCUUAUUUGGAACUGGGUGGUAAAUGAUCUGUCCAUUGAAAUCUAGUCUUGUGGGCAUCUUUUUCUUGCUUUACUAAAAGGAGCUAUUUGGAAAUGUGGGGAGACGGAGGAAUGCUUACUGAACCCUGGGAUUCCUAUUGUGGCUUGACAAGCAGACACUUUUCAGAUUGUGCAUUUUUGGGGGUGGAAAAUGUGACUUGGAACCUAAAGGAUUAUAAUAACAGGCAAAGAGGGGUAAAGAUUCUGUCUUUGUAAAUACAGACUGUUUACUGUUCUAAAGUUUGCUUCUGGUUCCACUUUGAAAUUAAAAAAAUAAGUAUUUUA